CUGCGACCGAGCUGGAAGGUUAACCGGCUUCAUGUAGCUACUGUUGAAUCCACGUGAAAUUAAAACGAAGCGUUAGAGACGCGGAUAAUAAUCGGAUGAGAUCGUCGAUCAGAGUAAAACGACAGCAGUAAUAACUCUUGAGACACUUUAAGACAGUGUAAAGAUGCAGCGCCUGUUUUGUUCCCGGUGCUUUAUUUCUGCAGUGUCGCUGGCAGUCGGUGCCGGUGUCGGUGUCGCUCUGAGCAGCGGCUCGAGCCGCUUUGUUCCUGAACAUCAGCUCUUCCAGAGAAUCCCCAUCAUCCCGAUGCCAAGUGUGAACGCAGCGUCUGAAAUAACCCCGUAUCAGCAUGGUCAGUUAUCCCCGAGCAGACCCACCAAGUACGGCUUCCCGUCUCUGUCUCACAUCCAAUCUCGGGAGUCUUAUGUCACCUGUUACGAUCCGCGGAACAGGACCCCAGCCUGGGUGAUCGAGCAGCUCAGUGCGGAAACUCUGACCGGAAACUCCGACCGGAAGCUGUGCGACUUUAAGGAGGAUGAUUCAGUGCACGUGUACCACCGAGCAACAAACAGUGACUACAGGGGGAGUGGCUUUGACAGGGGACACCUGGCCGCUGCAGCCAAUCAUAAAUGGAGCCAGAAAGCCAUGAAUGACACUUUCUACCUCAGCAACGUGGCACCGCAGAAUCCUCACCUUAACCAGAAUGCAUGGAACAAUUUGGAGAAGUACUGUCGCUCUCUCAUUAAAUACUACGAGAACGUGUACGUGUGCUCGGGGCCACUUUAUCUGCCCAGACAGGAGUCUGAUGGGAAGAUGUACGUGAAGUAUCAGGUGAUCGGGAAGAACCAUGUGGCGGUUCCUACACACUUCUUUAAGGUUGUGAUUCUGGAGAAGAAGCGUGGCGAGGUGGAGCUGCGACCCUACGUGAUGCCUAACACACCUGUCGAUGAGAAGAUCCCACUCGAGCGCUUCUUGGUGCCCAUCGAGAGCAUCGAGAGAGCAUCGGGGUUGCUGUUCGUCCCCAACAUCCUUAAGAGGACCAACAGCUUGCAAGCCAUUACUGCUAAGGGAGUCUGAGUUUCACUUGCUGUCUAGCUUGUUGGAGUGUCUGUCCUGUAUUAAGGAGUGGUUGGGCAGUAACUACCUUCAACUAAAUCCGAAAGAAGACGGAAACUUUGAUCAUUGCCCCAGAUAAGAAAAUUCCACAGAUCAGGCAACAUCUUGGUUCUUUGGGCUCUUCUGUUCAGUCAAGCCUCAGGAACCUUGGUGUUGUAUUUGAUAAAUCCAUGUCUUUAGGUCAACAUUCAGGACAGUUGGUUAAAAGCUGUUUUUAUCACUUACGGAAUGUUUCUAAAAUGAGGAAAAUGUUGUCCAAUGCAGAUCUAGAGAUGAUUAUACAUGCUUUUAUCUCUUCACGUUUGGACUAUUGUAAUUCACUUUUUACCUGUCUUAACAAACGUGUUUUAAAUCGUCUUCAGAUUGUUCAGAAUUCAGCAGCGAGGCUUUUAACUGGAACCAGCAGAAGAUCUCACAUCACACCAGUUGUAUACUCUCUUCACUGGUUACCAAUCAAAUAUAGAAUUGAUUUUAAAAUUUUGGUCCUCACUUAUUGAGCCCUUCAUGGGAAUGCUCCUGGUUACAUCACUGACCUGUUGACCCCUUAUGGCUCUUCGAGAGCAUUGAGAUCAUCAGGUCAAAAUCUGCUUGUGGUCCCUAAAACCCAUUUUAAAACUCGGGGGGAUCUUUCUUUUCAGUCUGUGGCCCCCAGAUUGUGGAAUGCGUUGCCCCUGUCUCUGCGUGUGGCUGAUACUGCUGAUUCCUUUAAAAAGCAACUGAAGACCCUCUUAUUUAGACAA